CGCUUCUGUAUCACGUAUCAUCCGUGGUCAACCCCGCACCAACAGACAUGCAUGCGUUGCUUGAGCUGGCUAGCAGCUUCUGGAUCAGCUGAAAACGAGUCAUCAAACGACAGCAGCACUGCUGAAGCUCUACUAUGACUUAGGAACUGCUCUUCAAAUGAAUACCCAAGCUUCCCCCAAACAGGACAUAAAAUCAGGGCUCAGAUAAAGUGAGAGAAGUUAUCUUUUUGCAGUUGUAGACAAAACUCUUUCCAAUUUGAUUGAAAAGACUCGAUUUGGAUGGCAAUGUCAUAGACAAGUUGUUCCUUUCGCUGAAGGUGAGCAUUCAGAAUAUUGAGAUGGACAGCAAACUAUGGAAAUUUCACAAAGCCUAUCAGCAUCAUCCAGAAAGCUCAGGGACAUUUCUUUUACAAUAAAAAAAAACCUCUGCUCUUCAGUAUCAGUGCUACAAACUUUGUCAAGACUUUGCAUUUACAGAUCAUUGUGCCUUUAUACAACAAACUAAAUCACUCUCUACUCAACAUUCGUUUUAUUCAAACCAUUUGAAAUCGGCGGUUGUUUAGACCAUGAGAUUUUUUUUGAAGUUGCAUGCUCAAAACCAAGCACAUUGACGUACAGGAGACUGGGUGAGGUGCUCCUCACAUCAUCACUUUUUUGGUUGAAAUGUGCAACAUUCUAUUCUCUCCUGCCAAUGACAGUGUCAAUUUACUAACCUGUUUUGGCUUAUCGAAGCCAAGGACUUAAUUUUAUCCCAGAGGAUGAUUAAAAAUACUGUUGUUUGCUCAUUUGAUAAUGCAAGUCACAUUAGUCCUUUGUAGGCCUCAAAUUCAUUUAUCACACUGCACAAGCGUACUAUCAUUUGAUAUGCACCUCUGCAGCCAAUAGUUUCAUCUCAUGCCCCGUGAAAAGCACAUAAACUUUUUUGUCACAUAUUCCUCACUUGACACAUCAAUGGACAAUAAAAAUUGACUUGACUUGAUAAUUUAGACUGAAUUUUUCAAGUUGAACACAUUAAAAGAACAUGACUUUAUGUAUAUUUGUUGACAAGCAGGUUUUAAUAAAAUCUCUGUCAUGAAUAGAGAAUAUGGCUUGGGAAUUAAUUUUGAAGCUCCUGAACACCAUGGCAAUUUCCACUUCUGCACUUUAUGAAAGACAUCUUGCAAAACAAUGAACUGUUGUGUAAGACAGGAUUUUUUUUUUGGAUCAGUAUAAUUCUCUGUCCUUUGUUUUUUUUAAAUCUUCUCCUGCAGCUAUGAUUCUAAGCUAUCAGUCAGCUGUCAGUGUAAUUCUUCUUCCCACUCCCCUUGCAACCUCUCUAUCCUCAGCCAUUAGCCAUGUCUCAACACAGCUCAGUGAGUUUGAUGAUUAGCUCUUCCUUCACAUAGAUGUAUUACUGCCUUCUGGCCUAAAUUCCAAGUUCAAACAAUGAUUUGUUUUUUUCUCUCUAUACUGGCUAGAGGCCAAUUACUUGUCCAUUUUGAACUUUUUUUUACUUCUUAUUUUUCCCCUUCUUCUUAUUAAAGUUCUACAGGCAUUUUUUGCUCCUUCCUCCCCUCAACUCUUCCACCGCAUCUUUAUUGCUAAGUUUUUAAUGUCCGAUGAAACAGUCAUUCAUCUCAAGCACAUUUUUAAAAUUCUGAAUGCCAAUUAUUUCUAGCAUUUUCUAUUUUCAUUUCAGAUUUCUAGUACCUUUGGUAUUUAGUCUUUGGGGUAAUGGUAAAUGGAUACACUUAAAUACUAUGCUUUUUAAAAAUACCCUAAAAUAUUGUUGAAUAAAGUAUGGGUUACAUCAAUGCAUGGAAGGAUUAUAAGUAAAUUUAAAGACUUUACAAGUAGAUUGCAAGGACAUGCAAGUAUAUACACCAGUCAACGUGCCACUAUCAAAUAAGUAUAAACAGUAUUUGUUAAGGCAUGACUAUACCAAUUAUGCAUAGAGUAAAAGUUUAACUUUUCUGUAAAAUUUGAUGCAGGACAGAGGUUCUGCUGCAGAGAAAUGGCAGCUUCACCCUCUAAGUCAACAUGCCCCUCGAAAAAGCGAGUGAAGAUCCACCCAAACACGGUGACUGUCAAGUAUACAGCACAUUAUCCGCAACCUGAUGAAGAUGACUACGAAGACUCCUAUCAAGAUAUGGAAAAUUAUGUGGAAGACAACCCCCAAAAAAAACUUCUGAGUGACACCAAAAAACGAGGACGAUCAUUCUUUGGGACAAUUAAUGUUCAUCGGAGUUUUUCAGAUGAGCAGAAAGAUAAAGGCAUGGUACAGCAGACUGAAAAUGCUGGAGAGAAUGUAGUUUCAGCUCCAAGAAUAACCUGGGUGGCUUUGUUUGGGGCUGCGUUGGCUCAUGGUUGUGUUGCAUUAAUAACUAGACUUGCCGCUGAUCGGUCCAAAGUGCCAUCUCUGGAACUCCUGUUCAUUCGUUCUGUACUCCAGGUAUUUGCUGUUGUGGUUGUGUGCUAUGGCAGUGAGCAUCCUCUUGGACCCAAAGGAUAUAGGAUGCGUCUGUUUCUUUAUGGGGUGUGCAAUGUCAUUUCCAUCACCUGUGCUUACACAUCAUUUUCAAUUGUACCUCCAAGCAAUGGGACCAUCAUGUGGAGGGCCACCACUACAGUCUUCAGUGCUAUUCUGGCCUUUCUACUGGUGGACGAACGUUUGGACUAUACUGAUGUUGUAACAGUGGUCUGCAGCAUAUUUGGUCUUUGUCUAGUAAUGAUCCCCAAUAUCGUUGAUGAAGAUGAGUCAUUGAUGGGCAGAUGGAAGGAAGCCUUUGGCUAUACCAUGACAGUCAUGGCGGGAUUGACAACAGCUCUGGCCAUGAUUAUUUACAGAGCUAUCAAGGAGAAGGUUAGUAUGUGGACUGCCCUUUUCACCUUUGGAUGGACAGGUACAGUGUGGGGUGUAUCUACAAUGUUUAUCUUGCAAGAGCCUAUUAUACCAUUAGAUGGGGAAACCUGGGGAUAUCUAUUGGGGAUCUGUAUCUGUUCUACUGUGGCAUUCCUAGGUGUAUAUUAUGCAUUGAAUCAAUUCCACCCGGCAUUAGUUAGCACAGUUCAACACUUAGAAAUUGUAGUGGCUAUGAUUCUUCAGCUGCUUGUUCUCCAUAUGUUUCCAUCUAUGUAUGAUCUUAUUGGUGGAUCAAUAAUCAUCUUCAGUGUCUUUGCAUUGACUGGUUACAAACUUUACUGCGUUAAUUGGAAUAAGAGGCAGGAUUACUUGGAGAUAAUAAACUCCCCCAUCAAAUGAAUGUUGUGAAAUAUUGGAGAAUUAAAUGUGAGCAAGCUACUUUAUGAGUGUCAACUGUGCAAUGUUCUUUGGUAUUGUGGUGUCAGAAGAUGGUGUUACGUCUCAGUGUUGUGUGGAAUAAAAUGUGCCGCAGAUAAUACCAAGUGUUUGUAUUUAUUAAUGAAAAUAACUUAUUGUAUAUGCAGAGUUGAGAGGAUAAAUCUUUUAUUAUCUUAGACUAGGAAACUAAUGCCAUAUAUAUUUCAUAAUAAAAGGAUAUGUUAACUCACUAUUUGGAAUUGUUGUAUCUGUUUUAACUCAGAAGUACUGUAGGUAUGAUAAAUUCUUUGUUCAUGGGUUUGUUUAAUACUGCAGCUCUAAUUCUAUUUUUUCAUGUAUAGAAAAUGUAAAAAGUAUCUGCAGAUAGAAUCAAUGAAGAAUUCUUAAUCCCUGUCCUUAACAUUAUAUCAGGUUGAAUAAACACCGAGUAAGCUUCUUGCAAACUGGAGUAUAAUUU